AUGGAAGAGGCUAGAGACUCUAUAGUGAUAAAGACGACAAAUAAUAGUUUAGAACUGGAUGGUAAUGAAACGGCUGAAGACGAUUUCUCUGCAUUUGCCACCAGUGGUAAUAGUGUUGAGGAUGAUGCCGAUGACUUUGGCGAGUUUGAUGAUUUCACAGACUUCAAUAAUGGGUUAACAGUAGAAAGUAAUUCAAAUUUGGUCGAAAGUGAAUUUGGCGGUAAUGGUCAACAACAACCGCCAAUAAAUUCCGAUGAUAAUUUCAAUCAAUUCGCUGGAGGGGAGAAUGAUAACAAUAAUGGUAGCGGUGGAGAAGUUCCAUUAAGGCUCAGUUCGGCCAAUGGACAACAGCCUAUCAUAGACUAUUCAAAUGCCACUUCAGAGACAAUAAUAACUCAAUUCACUGGCAUAUUAGACACAUUAUUUCCAUCAAAAUGUUCAUCAUCAUUAUCGCAUGUUCCAACAGCAACAACAACGAAUGGAAAACAAUCAUUGGACAAUCAAAAUUCAGACAUUUCUAUUUCUAAUUCUAAUGAUUCUAAAGAAAAAAGUACUUCAUCAGAUACUUAUAAAAAGGAUAUUAACUUGGAAAAUAUACUGAAUUCAGUCCCGGAAAGUAUGGAAAUGUGGGAACGUCUAGUUCCAGAUCCGGAAAUGACACCAUUUUCGUGGAAACAGUCGGGCAUAAGAAAACAAUUUUAUGAGUCAUUAGGAGUUUCGUCGAAGAUCUUUGAAGAGCAAGUUUUACGAAAUAAUGUUAAUAAUAUAUUGCCUCGAAAUUCAGCAACUCGUUCUUCCUCAUCAAGUAAAAAGUCGUCAGCCUCAACACCAACAAGUCGAGCAUCUUCACCUCAAUUAUCGAAUCUACAACCUCAUACACGAGUUCAAUCCGUAUCGACGACGUCACUUCCGGUGUCUAAUCGUAAAAAUUUAGACACGUCUGCUGAUGCAAGGGCGAAAAAUCUAACAAUUGCAAGUCAAUUGGACCUGGAAAAAAUUAAAGUGAUGAGUUCUAUACCUCAAGAAAAGUUACGCAGCUAUUCCAUCUCUGAAUUACAAUCACUUUUUGAACAGCUUGAUAGCUUAUACCGACAAACAUCAGAGACACUAACAUUUUGGCUCGAUCAGCGUGAACAAACCAUCAUGGACGCCGAGACCUACAAUCAAAUGAUAGAGUGUUUGGUCGGACAUGCGCAGAAAAUUCGCAAUGGAAAUGGUAAAGAGACGAGUAAUAAUUGGGAUAAUAGAGGUGGAAAGCAAUCAUCAUCAAAAAAGAAUAGUAAAAUGGCGUCAGGGCUUGUUUGUCUUUUUAAAAAACAAAAAUUCCAAACGAAUUCUUCGAGAAGACCGAAUUCGGCCGCUUCUAAUCUUACAUCAGCACAUCCCGAAAAAAAUAUAGGAAAUAGCGCAUUGAGCAUUCACGAACGUAAUUUGUCACUUUGA